AUGAGGUUAAAACCCUUACGAUUUUUGGUGCAAAUUCAGGUGGAACAAGUAAGUUACCCAAUCAACUGGAGUGCAGACGCUGGGAUGUGGACUUAUUCUAAUAUCCUCAAAAAAAACUUAUUAUUUAGGCUUAGCAGGCUCACAUUCAUAUGUAUGAUCUUGGCAAGACAAAAACGCUUUGGCUUACAACCUCACUUUUAA